AUGAGCACAAUUCCACAAACUAGUACCGGUGACGUGACUUCACUUGACCAAGAUUUACAAGAGCUUAGGAGAAACAAAUUUUCUUCAGAUUCCAUCCUAGAGAUUGGCAGGUGGAUCUUUGAUACAGUACUCGGCGAACCUUCGAAGGUACCUAGCGCUUCGCAGUUACUAGAUGACCUGAAAGAUGGUACCGUGCUGUGCCGUCUGGCGAACAGGCUUCAUCAGGAGGACUCACCAGGAACCUCUCAGCUUCUCAGGUACAAGGAAUCAAGGAUGCCGUUUGUGCAGAUGGAACAGAUUGCGCAAUUCCUCUCGUUUGCACGCAACUAUGGCGUUCCUGAGGACGAGUUGUUCCAAACCAUAGACCUUUACGAGGAAAAAGACUGUGCAUCUGUAUUCCAGACGCUCAAGUCGAUAUCUCGCUACGCCAACAAAAAACACCCGCAGACUUUCCCAGUCCUAGGGCCUCAAAUAGCCACCAAGAGGCCUCGACCACCUAAAGCUGCAAAACCCAAGCAUUUGCAAGGAACCGGUUGGAGCUCAAUGGAAUAUGGGUCUUUGAAGGGGGCGUCACAAUCUAGCGAGAGGGUUGUCUUUGGCCAGCGGAGAGACGUUGCGCACUGA